CAAUCACCCUCUGCAAAACUUCUUUAUUCUACCAUUCCCGAUAAAUCGUGCACAGAAACCAAAACAAAAGAUGUUUCCUAUCCUUCAAUUCUUCUUUAAAGGUACUACACUAUAAUUUAUACUAAGGUUUUUUUUAAUUCAGUCAAACACUGCUCCUGCACAUACACGGAUUGGGGUAUUUUUCUUGAUUUAAUUGUCUCAGGAGCUGUUCUUGCUUGUCAUUUCUAGCAUCUUUAAAAUUUGUAACUGAUUUUUGAUGGAGGGUAGAUACAGCAAUGGCGGCGGCGGAGGCGAUGACGGCAGUCGCAAGAGAAUAACUCUGUUGGAUGCAAUUGAAAAUAGUAGAGAUAGAAGGACCCUUGAGACAAUAUUUAGCAUGGAAAAACAUCUGGGUCAGGCAAAUCGGACACUACUGGAUAUAAUCCGAGAUGAAGAGAGCGGGUCGUUAUUUGGACACAAAGACAAGAAGAGCUGGAAAGCUUUCAGAGACAAGCUCCGUUUGAAGCGUGCCGGUUCUGCUUGGACAUCUUCGGUUCAUACUCCAGCUUCGGAUAUCCCCAUCCCAGUGGAAAACAGGUUUCGCAAUUCUAAUAUUAAUAACGCUUCCUCCAGGUCUUUGAUGACACGCCGUAAUUCGGUGCGUUUCACCACCGUCUCGGCUGUUAUAUCGCCUGAGUUGGAGGAAUCGGAUGAUAACUCGGGGAUGAGUCCGAGCUUGAGGCCGCAAAUGACUCGCCGGAGCUCAACUCGGUUUGGUUCAGCUAUGCUGCAGGUUCAGUCUGAGUCAACUCAUUCUGGUGACCCGGAUGUGAACAUUCACGCUGUGGAAGAUGGCCGGCCUUCUCGGGGUUUUAGACCGCAAAUCUCGCGGCACAAUUCGACUCGGUUCCCGGUUGUCGAUUCAACCCAGUCGGAUGAGAAUGAUUUAGAUCCGGCGGCACGUGAGGGCACGAUACGCCUGGGUACUGCAUUGGCAGAGGAGAGACUGUUGUCGGCGAGGGAGGCAGUGGCAGCACAGGAGGCUGCAGAAGCAGCUGCACAGGAGGAAGCUGCAGCUACGGCAGCAGCCGAACAAGAGGCCGAGGAAGGGGCAAUGCCCAUGCCCGGGAGUACGGAGACGCAGGAGCCGGUGAGGAUGUCAUUGAUGGAUUUGUUAGAGGAGACAGAUAGGCAGAUGGGGUUUGAGGGGUCUAGAUAUACAAUGGGGGAUCUUGAGGCAUGUGGUGAUGAUGAUGAUGAAGAUGAGGAGGAGGAGGACGGUGGUGAAGAGGGUGACGGUGUUAUUGGUAUAGAGUAUACUUGCUGCGUGUGCAUGGUUAGGCAUAAAGGUGCAGCCUUUAUUCCUUGUGGGCAUACAUUUUGCAGGCUGUGUUCAAGAGAGCUUUGGGUUCAAAGGGGUAAUUGCCCUCUAUGCAACGGUUUCAUCUUGGAGAUUCUUGAUAUAUUUUGAGGACUCAAGACACAUUCAUAGUUCGAGCAUCCAUAACAUUUCCCAGAACGGAACCACCGCAGACAAGCAAGUGCCGCAUCUCAUAAAGCUUCAAAUUGAUGCCAUCCAAAUGUUUAGAUUACUUGUAAACUUCCGAUGCUGGGUGUUGGUUUACUUUUUGUAAAAUGAGAUGAGAUGAGAUGG